AGACAUGCGUAGAAGUAGUUGUGCUGUGGCUUGGAAGUAUGAAGGACUCUGUGUAUAUAAAUAUGAGGCAUCCGUUGCAUAAAUAUUGAAACAUGACCGUCUUUCGACUGAUAAAUGCAGGAAUGCCUGAUGUAUGAGUUUAUCGGCUCAAAAGGUCUCAAAACGCGUUGGAGAAAUUUUGGCAAAAUUGGAGACUGAGGCAACUCGAACAACAAUGGACGAAAACUUAAGCAGAGGAUACAUACAGUUAGGGAAAGCCCGAACAGCAAAUGACUUCAGAUUUACAAAUGGUUUCAGCCAUCUCUCGCCGCCAAUUGAUAAAUGUAAUUGCAUAUAUUUUGCGCUUGUAUUGGCUGGUGUCGGAUUUCUUCUUCCUUAUAACAGCUUCAUUAUUGCCGUGGAUUAUUUUCAAGCUCGUUAUCCUGGGACUACCAUUGUGUUUGACAUGUCAUUAGUUUACAUUGUGAUGGCAUUUUUUGCCGUGCUUGCAAAUAAUGUUUUAGUUGAAACAUUGUCCUUGGACACCCGGAUCACAUUUGGUUAUCUGGUAUCAUUCAUAACAUUAUUUUUUGUAGCGGUAUGUGAAAUAUGGUGGGAAGCAUUUGGAGCAUCUACUUCAUAUACUAUAAAUCUAGUAGCUGUUGCUGUUGUUGCUCUUGGCUGCACAGUACAACAGUCAAGCUUUUAUGGGUAUACUAGUAUGCUUCCAAGCAGGUAUACACAAGCUGUAAUGGCUGGAGAAAGUGCAGCCGGAUUUCUUGUGUCCAGUAAUCGCAUUAUAACGAAGUUGCUGCUAGAUGAUCAGCGCGUGAACACUAUUAUCUUCUUUGUGAUGUCAGUGGCAAUAAUAGCAUUGUGCUUUGGACUGCAUCAGGUGGUUAAGAGGACAGAUUUUGUACAGUUUUAUAUAACUCUUUGUAGAGAAUCACGUAAGAUUGUGCUAGAGCCAACAGAGGAUGUUGGUUUGAUGGACACUUUGGAUCAAAAUGACACUGCUACAAAAAGUCAGUAUGGUGUUCUGAAGCUGCAGCAGAGUCCAUUAGCAACAGAUUCGGGCACAAGCAGCUCAGACAACAACCUAGGUGUAGGAGGCUCUGGCAGUGGAGCUUUCAGUUUCUGCAAUCCUGUGUAUGAACCCACAGGCACUGGAGUGGCAGCUACAGCAGCUGUUGGAGGCACCACUACAUAUAAAGUUGAAGAUGUUGUAGUACGCAUGCGUUCCACUUACAGUAGCCACCCAUCGACUGGGAAGGCAUGGGGAGGUUUAAAGAGAGGACUUCUUGCUAGAUGGGAGGUUGCAAAAACAAUAUGGCCUUACAUGCUGUCUAUUGGCCUUGCAUAUUUUGUUACUCUCUGUCUGUAUCCUGGCAUUGAAUCUGAAAUUGUGAGCUGCACACUAAAAAGUUGGAUGCCAGUUGUUCUCAUGGCCAUCUUCAAUGCUGCAGAUUUAGUAGGAAAAGUCCUGGCAUCUAUCCCAUAUGACUGGUCACGCACACAGCUUAUUGUUUUUGCAUGGGUUCGAACAAUGCUGGUCCCACUGCUUCUCUUGUGUACAACUCCACGUGGAAGCCCUGUUAUUUCUGGAGAAGGCUAUCCAAUGUUAUUCUCACUGAUACUGGGAAUCACAAAUGGAUUAGUGGGAAGUGUACCUAUGAUUCAGGCUCCUAGCAGAGUCUCAGAAGAACACCGUGAACUAACUGGUAAUAUCAUGACUUUAUCGUACAACAUUGGACUGACUGCAGGCUCACUUGUUGCCUAUCUACUUGAUGCAAUAAUAGGGCCACCACUACCAGGCAAUGGAUGUAAAAUUCACACUCAUUAUCAGAACAGAUCAAGAGCAACACUGGUGUCAAGUGUCACUAAAGCAAACCAUAAUAUUACAAGCACAGUUCCAACAACACUCUUGUCCUCUGUUGCCGGUGCCACUGAAUCUUCAGCAGCAAAUGUCAGUACUCUUUUGCUAGCUACCGUUACUAGUACUGUAAUAGCCUCUGUUUCUCAGGUAGUAAAUAUGCCUACAUCUGAGUCACCUGUUCUGAACUAUGGAAAUGUGUCAACAGGAUUUUCAACAUCUUUAGAGCCUUUCUAGUUUAUUCUUCAUGCUCCAAAAGCAAGGGUUGUCUAGCAUGAUAACUAAUGUGUAUUAAUAGUGUGUCCAAACUGCAGUUUUUUGAGAGAGACUGAUCAUAUUUUUUGUCUUCCUAUCAUUAUCUCACUUUUCCAGGUUUACAUGCAUAUUAGUUGAUGUGCUGAUAUUGAUUUCUUAUUUGAAAGAUAUACAAUAGAAAUAUUGCAGCAGUUUGAUAUAUGUUGAGUAAUGUUUCCUUUCAGAUUUUUAAAAUGUGCAUUAUAUGGAAUUAGUUCAGUCUCUCAAGUUAUUGUUGGCAUUAAAGUACUGUACAAAGCAGAAAAGAAGAACAAAAUUACUAUGUUUUGAUGAAUCCUUUUAUUUUUGCAAUAUAAAUUUAGAACACUUUUAUCAUUACAAAAGUACAGUGUUCAGUCCAAAAGGUUAUGUUUUGUAUAUAUGUCCAACAUUCAGUUGGUGUAGUACCCAAGUUAUUAGGUACAGACAGAAUAUGGUACAUUUAAUUAAUUGUAAACAGGAGUUCUGCUGCCUGCCAUUUACAUAGCUGUAAUUGUAUUUUUAUUUUUUUUACUUUUAUUUUAAUUUUUUGAUUUAUUGUGGUUUAUGAGUAAAAAAUAAGUUUAACAUCUAGCACAAGAAGUCUUAUGAGCAGAGCAUUUUUUCAGGUAUUUAAUAUUUUGGAAUCCAUCCAUUUGUGUCUAGGCUGCCAAUCUCUCUCUCUCUCUCUCUCUCUCUCUCUCUCUCUUUCUGCCUGUGUGUGUGUGUGUGUGUGUGUGUGUGUGUGUGUGUGUGUGUGUGUGUGUGUGUGUGUGUGUGUGUGUGAGAGAGAGAGAGAGAGAGAGAGAGAGAGAGAGAGAGAGAGAGAGAGAGAGAGAGAGAGAGAGAUAUGGAAGAGUGGGAGGUAUUCUUCAUGUGUCUCAGAAGUUAGCAAACCUGACUAAAAACAGUUUUUCUCUGUUGGUCCUUCUCUUAUAAAUUCUUCAACUAUUGUCACAAAGGCAUUUUCAGUACAAAAAUUAAUAUAGGUUUGUACCUUUAGACAGAACAUUGGAAAUUUAUUUUUAGACAUGAAGUUAAAGACUUUAUAAAUAAUAAUGAUGAAGUACUGAGCAGAAACAUAGCAAGAAAUAAAUCAGAAUGUGCCACUAAAAGUUUUAAUAUCCACAGAUAUUGAAAAAUUAGAUUGCCUCUACCAUUAAUAAUGAAGUGGAAAAAAAAAAAAAAAGAGAGAGAGAGAGAGAAGAAGAAGUUGAAUAUUGCAAAGUUGUCAGAGAAGAAAUGAUUCAAGACCCUCACUUAAGAAUGGUGUACAAGAAGUGGCAAAACAGCCUUUCACAUACCCUGAUAUUUUGUAAGCAUUUCACUGUUACUGCUUUAAGUUAGUGUCUAAUUAAAGAAAACCAGACUAUUUUGUCUGUCUUUAUAUUGUGUAUAUGCAUAGGGAAGACUAUGUCACCUCUCUCUUUGUCCAGUGUUAGAAAUUUUUUACUGCUUGUAAUAAGUCUGUGAGGUUAGCUCUGACAAAAAAUUAGUAAAAGAUAUGUGUCAGUAAAUGUAUUUUGUUGUGCCUUUUUGUCAUAGUACAUGACACAGUGGUGAUUUAUAUUUUAUUCUUCUGUUUUUAUAGUUCUCACAUGACUAUUGAGAUAACACAAAUAUUACUAUUGAAAAAUAUUGACUAAUGCCAACAGAGAAAGCUACUUGUUUGAAUUUCAAUAUGAAAAUUGAUAAUAAACUGAAUUUAAAUUGUUAAAGAUGGGUAGUUUGCAACUUUUUGUUCCUUUUUCCCCUAUUAAAAAUUUACCAACAUAUAUUUUUGUGACUGGCUUCAUUUCUUGCUAAACUUGUAUGCAUUAUUUUAUCCAUUUAUGGACUAAAUUUUUAGAUGUACAGUAUCAUCAUUACAGAAUACGUAUAGGUUGGUCUCCACUUUGUACCAGUUUCUGUUGUUGACUAACAUAAAUAUUUAAUUAUGCCCAGUUUCUCAUAUGUAAUGUUGAAUAUCUCUACACUAAAUAAUACCCUGUUCUUGGUGAUGUACAUGUACAGUAAUUGUAGUGAACAUGUAUUUGCAGCUGUCUGUUACCUUUCAUUUGUCAUUACUCAUAUCAGUUAAUGUUAUCAUCAUCAUCACAACCACCAUCAUCAUUAACUACUACUACUACUACUACUACUACUACUACUAUUACUAUUUGUGUCAUUAACAUUGUUGUAUUUAUGCAGAACUAGAUGUAAAUAGGUUAAAAUUGACCCACACAGUAUAUUUUGAAAAUCUAGUUUAAUUUAUUUUUUAUAUAUUAGUGAAGCAUUUCAUCAUGAAUGAACCAAAUGUGUGCUUUUUUGAUGGUGUCAGAUGUAUAAAAUAUGCUGCUUCUUAGUCUGAUAUGUCUGGUUUGUAUCUGCUUGAUAUACUGUAAAUCUUUACCAUAUCAUGAAAAGAGCCAUGUCAACAUGUUUAAAACAAAUGUAACUCUGUUUUCUGUCAACAACAUGGCUCUCUUUUUGCAUCAACAAAGCACUAAAUAAUACCAUGUUCUUGGUGAUGUAUAUGUACAGUAAUUGUAGUGAUCAUGUAUUUGCUUUGUCACAUAGUUAAUAUACAUAAAAACCAUUGUGUGUCUCUAGCUAAAAAUUUAAGUGAAUCUUCUUCAGCAUUAAAUUGUGUAACAUUUUGAACAGCUAAUGAAAGUACAACCAAGCCAAAGAUACAUACACAUAUAUAUAAAUAUGUAAUGCAAUGGGCAAUAAAGUAAAUGAAUUGCACUUAA